UAAGCCUGUGAAGUUUUACACAGAAACACAUGCAUACAAAGACACACUCUCACACUAGCGUGUAGUUAAAGUGUAUGCUGACCAAUACAAUGGAGGCGAGGUGGAUUCUAAAAUAAAGUUGGCCUGGCUAGGGACGCCACAGUAUGUCAAGAUCAUUAUGUGGAAGUCAGUUUUUCUUGGACUGUACCUUCACCUAUCUCUAGCUAAACAUGUUUUAGGUGUGACUUGUUAUGAAUUUAACAAUGACAAGACAAGUUUUACAAAGAUAUUAUGUAGCUACCAGUGCUGUGGCUCUGAAACCAAUCAGUAUUGCUGUGGAACCAGUUACACUAGUGCCACGCUCGAUACUACUGCAGUCAUUGUAAUUGCUAGUGUCAUACCCUCGGUUGUUGGAAGCAUGUUUAUUAUCGGUGUGGUGAUCUGCUUUAUCAAAAAGUUGUAUUGCUUCCAGAAGCGUACAGUGCGUCCUGUAACAGACAGUAGGAUGUCUACAAUAGGUACCCAGGUCAACAUCGUUAGUUCAACGACUCAGACAGCGUCUCCUGUGUAUCCAUCUUGUCCUAUUGGUUUGCACAUAGCUGAUCAAGAAUACCGACUGCCUCCAUACAACUACCAAGACCAAGCUUAUCUAGAAAGGGAGCCUGAUGUUGUGCUUCCACCGCCAUCUUACGAGGAAGCUGUUAAUCUUCAAGUGAAACGAUUGAAUUCAUUAUGACAUUGAUUAUUGGUUUUAUCGUUUCUGUAAUUUUUAGCGGCCCCCGAAAGGGGAAAAGACGCUAUUAGUUUUGUGCGAAAUGUCUGUCCGUUUGUUCGUCUGUCCAUCCGUCCCGUUUAGAUCUCGUAAACUAGAAAAGAUAUUGAAAAUCCGACAUCACAAUAUUUUAGACCAUUCAAAGUUCUAAUGCAACGGCUACUUUUUUUUUCUGAAAUCGAAAAAUCUAAUUUUUUAAAAUCAGUUAUGCAAGCAGUUUUUUAAAGAGAAAAAGCUAAUUAGUAUGCAUUGUAAGUUAGACCUAAUAUAAAUCGAAUAGUAAUCUUGUGAACUUCAUUUUCCUGAACAAUUUUUUUUUGAUGUCGAAUUUUUUUUUUUUUUUUUUUUUUGAGGAUUCGAAUAAGAGAUUGAGCCUUUUCAAAACAAUUAGAUCAAAUAUAAGACAUCAGUUAGACCAGGGGAGUCGCGGUGGCUGAGCGGUAAAGCGCUUGGCUUCCGAACUGGGUGGGUCCUGGGUUCGAAUCCUGGUGAAGACUGGGAUUUUCAACCUUGGGUGCCUCUGAGUCCACUCAUCUCUAAUGGGUACCUGACAUUAGUUGGGGAAAAGUAAAGGCGGUUGGUCGUUGUGCUGGCUACAUGACACCCUCGUUAACGAUAGGCCACAAAAACAGAUGAACUUUACAUCAUCUGCCACAAGGUUUAAAAAGGGAACUAGUUAGGCCAGGUUCACAUCUAAAUUUACAUUCACUUUCACAUAUUCUUUGAUCCGCGGGACCGUUGGGGCACUACACAAGAUCUGUUAACCUACUUUCUCCAUUCUUAUCUCUCAUUUGUCUUUGAAAUAAUUUCAUUUGGAUGUUCUUUCUGAAAAUAUUGAAGCCUGCCUGGGUUAUCUCUGCCAUUUGCCUUUGAUAGAAAUUCAUUAUUUCUGAAUAUAUUGAAACCUGCCUUUUUACCUGCCUGGGUGGACCACACAAACUGUCAUUUGUAACCUUGUUUUUCUAUAAAGUUUAAGAUUGAAAGUGUGGAAAUAACAGCUUCUGGCACUUUCACAUAAGAAUUGACUGGAACUUCUCUUAAAGUUGAUAAUUUAUUUGGAGGUUCUUUGGUUCCGAAUCUGAUUCUGCAUUAAAUGGUGAGCUGAAGGUUUUGAAAACUGGUUCCAAAGUCUUUGCUUCCUAGAGAUCAGUGAUUCCCAAAGUGGUCUAUAUAGACCCCCAGGGAUCUACGAAGACUUCCAAGGGGUCUAUGAAAGUGACAAAAAAUGGGGGUCUAUGAGAUGUCCACGGGGGUCUACGAUAAUGGAUUUCAUUUAAGCAGUGACUUUAAUUUUCACAUCCCAUUAAUGUAAUUAUUUCCUACACUAAUAUAUGAUUUGCAACUUCGUUAAUCCUUUGAAUAUUUAUCUUUCUAUUCAAAUGAAAAAUUGGUUGAAAUUUAAUUUCAACACUUAUUUAAAUAGCUUAACUAUGUCUAAUUGUAACUAAUGUUAAACAAAAAGAAAUGUAGAUUUUUACAGUGUUGAUUAUUUAAAAUUGAGAUUCAUUAAUUCCUUCCUUGUUAAACAAGUGGUUGCUAAUUUGGCCUAAUUAAUAUUAAAUGUUUGAAGAACUACUUCAUAGAGCAACUAAUUCCUAUAUGAAACAUUAUAUGCAUAGGAACGGAUCAUGAAACUGAAAAAAAUAACAUUUCCAGUGUGUUUGGUGAUUCCAGUAAUACUUUAUAUAUUAACUGUUAUUUCAAUUGGUUUAAAUUUGAAUUUUAUCAUUAACAAAAGAUAGUUCUCUAUAAAUUAAAAUGUAGCUUUAAAUUACUUUUUCACUCUUCGACUCAAUAGAGUUAGAAAUUAGCUGAUGAAUUGCAAAAAUGCAAUAAAAGUUAAACAGGGGGUCUACCGAAAACCAGAAAACAUGACAAGGGGUCUACGAGACAAAAAAGUUUGGGAACCACUUCUAUAGAUGGUUUGGAUCGAACUAGGUUGUACUAAUUUUUAACUCUCAAGAAACAUCUGAAUAAAUGUGAAACUGCCUUUACUUUGCCCAAACUAUUGUCAGGUACACAUUUGAGCUGUGUGGACGCCUUAAAUAUCCUUAAAUAUUUCGAAUUAAAAAGCCCAGUCUUCACCAGGAUUCCAACUCGGGACCCCAAGUGCUGUACCACUCAGCCAGCGCUCAAUGAGCAACCCUAUUUGAUUUAACCAAAUGUUCUUUAAGAUAUUUGUUUUACAGCUACAAAUAAAAAAUUAACAACAACAAACGUUCCGAUUUAAUAUACACACAGCAUGUAAAAAAAUAAAAAAUCGCCAUUAUUGCUUUGGAGUGUGUGUGUGUGUGUGUGACAUAAUAGGGAAAUAACUAUUUUUGAUUACUUGUAUAGUUAGGAGUGAUUCCCCUUAUGUAGUUUAUAAAAGGCCUUGCACACUGUGAUUAGUUGCCACUUGCUCCUGAGUUACCAGCUUGACCACUUGACCUGUGUUGUGUAUAGUAUUUUUUCUGUUAGUGGUCGUGUGUCAUGGGGUACUCGGAGAAGUGUGCCCUGCUCUGGAGAUCUUUGGGCUAAGUAUGUCUUUAGUAUUAUUGUAUUUUAUAUAAUGUAUUUAUUAAUAGAUAUAGCCCCAAAUGAUUUCCAGGCAGUACAUUUUUUUUACCCUGAUGUUCUGCAUCCUGGGGUACUCCCAAACGUGACAUAUUUUUAUAGCCUUGUCUCUGAGGGAUUCAACCUGUAUUGAAUCAUCAGAUGGGCUUUACCAAACGGAUGGCUAUAGGUGGGAUUCUAUGAAUAGUAUGAAGCUUGUAGGCUCAUAGAUUUCCCUGAAGCCUAUAGUUCAUCAUGACCAUUUUGUUGUUUUUUUUUUGGCUUAAAGUGGCUAGUGUAAGCCUGAAGCCUGUAACCCUAGAGUAGCCAAAAGUGGUCGUGUUUCGACCUGAGGCCUGUGACCUUCAGUUGGCUGUGUAAGCCGGAAGUUUGUAACCCAGUGGUCAAAAGUGGUCAUGUGUUGACCUGAGGCCUGUGACCUUUAUUUUUGAUAACCAGAAUGUGACGAUAAUGUAACAUAUGACUAGGGCUGUGUGCCAUAUUAUUUUUGAGUAUCUUUUGUUUACUUUUUGUUGUGUCGGCCAGUGAGUUGAUGGCCAUUUAUUUUUCUCGUGUAAAUAAACUUUGUAAAUAUGUUUA